AGUUGAGAUAAACAGUCAGUUCUGCAGCCACUACCUGCCUGCGCAGCACACAGGGUCCAUUUGUGCUUUUACACCCAAAUCAAGUGACGUCUGGGAGCAUAAAAAAAGAAAAACAUUUGGACAGAAAUCUUUUUUUGGGGUUGGAAAAGACGAAAGACAUCUGAAGGACUCAGGUGGCCAGGAAGUUUGACAGAGCUGACAGGUUACACAGCAUCUAAAAGGCAUCUGCCAUGGGAAAUACCACCAGCAGCGCAAUAUCAAAGGAGAUCCUGGAGGACCUGAAGCUUAGCACCAAGUUUAGCGAGACUGAAAUUUCCCAGUGGUACGAGAACUUCCAGAAGCAGUGUCCCACGGGACGCAUCACGCCAGAAGAGUUUGAAGAAAUCUACACCCGCUUCUGCCCCGAGGCUGACGCCAAGAGCUACGCACGGCACGUGUUUCGCUCCUUUGACGCCAACGACGACGGCACUUUGGACUUCAAGGAGUACAUCAUAGCGUUGCACAUGACCUCCAGCGGGAAGACGACCAGGAAACUGGAGUGGGCCUUCUCGCUGUUUGAUGUGGACAAGAACGGAUACAUCAGCAAGUCCGAAGUGAAAGAAAUCUGCCAGGCCAUAUUUAAGCUGAUCCCCGAGGAGGAGCAGAAGAGGCUACCAGAGGAUGAGAACACGCCCGAGAAGAGAGCCAACAAGCUGUGGGCUUUCUUUGAUAAGAGGGACAACGAACGGCUGGCUGAAGGAGAGUUCAUCAAAGGAGUGAUUGAAAAUGAGAAUGCAAUGCGUCUCAUUCAGUAUGAACCAAUGAAACAUUAAAGUCAUUCUUAUUUAUCUCCUUUUUUCAUAUAUUUCUACUUUUAUUUUCCUUUUCCCCCAUUGAGAUCAGACUCUCCACCCUCCGCUUAACCCUCCUGCUGCCCUUGGGUCAAACAGACCCACGAGGCCUCAGUUUUAAGAUUGAGGCCUCUAGGCCUGUCACGAUAACAAGUUUUGCU